AUGAUCUUGCAUCAAUGUAUCUCGAAGGCGAUAUUCCAGAAGGUGUCAAAGGCAAUAGCGGCCAAAGAAACGUGGGAGAUCUUACAAGACGGGUAUGGAAGUGCUGGAAAUAUAAAAGAGAUUAAGCUUCAGUCACUGCGGCGGCAGUACGAGCUCCUAAACAUGGGGGAACAAGAAACCAUUGAAGGUUACAUCGGCAGAAUCCAAGUGAUUCUCAAUGCAAUGCGUGCAUGCGACAAAAUAGUCAAAGACAAGAAGAUAGUUCAUAAGAUCUUGCGAACGUUAACGCCCCAGUACGACCACAUUGUCGUGGCAAUUGUAGAAAGUAGAGUUUUGGAGAAAAUGAAAGUCGAAGAGUUGCAAAACUCACUUGAAGCUCACAAACAUCGACUGCUAGAAAGGAAAGUCGCAGAACAAGAUGCAACACAGAGCACUAGCCAGGCAUUGCAAGCAAAAAUCCAGAAGGGUCGUGGAACUGGUAGAAGAAGAGGCAAACGAGGUGGUCGUGGAAGCCGAAAUGGACGAAGAUUCAUUAAUAGCACCGAACAAAACAAAGGCGAGAACAAUAGCGAUCACGGUAAUCACAGAGGCAGAGGGAAACCCAGAGGAAGAGGAGGUAGGAAAAGUGUUGACAGAAGAAAUGUGCAAUGUUACAUGUGUAGCAAAUUUGGCCACUACUCCUCUGAGUGCUGGCAUAACGAAAGGAACAAGAAAGAAGAUAACAAUGAAGAUAAUCUGGUAAAAGAUGAACCAGAAUCAGACUCAGAUCAUGUGAUAUUGAUGACAGUCGCAACACAUGAGAAAAUUGGAAAAUACCGGAAGUGGCAUGCAAGGAUUUCAAGCAGCAAACAUGCAAGAUAUCAGACAAGUGUGAAGAGGAGAUGA